CCUAUUAUAAGUAUAACUCAACACGGAACCUGGCACGCAGCGCAUCGUCCAGAACAUGGCCACCAAAAUCGCGCUUCUGGGAACAGGGCUUAUGGGUGCCAAGGUCUGCAAGCGGUUGAUGUCUCUAGGUAGCUGGAGUGUAAGGUGCUGGAAUAGGACGGCAGAGAAAAGCGAGCGGCUCGCGGAGUUCGGAGCUGAGCCCUGUGCCACACCCGCCGAGGCAGUGCAGGGGACACAAGUCAUUGUGCUCUUCCUGGCUGACGCCGCGGCGAUCCGCUCCGUCCUUAUGGAAGACCCGUCCGUGCGCCCCCAGCUCAAGGACAAAGUGGUCCUCCAAAUGGGCACGAUCGGUCCCAAGGAAUCGGCAGCCCUGGCACUUGACAUCCUAGCUGCGGGCGGCUCUUACGUGGAGGCCCCGGUGCUGGGCAGCCAGCCUGAGGCGGAGAAGGGCACCCUGCUGGUGAUGGUGGGUGCGGAGGCCGACCCCCGGGAGCCCGGCAGCCCGCACCACAGCACCGUGUGGCCGCUGCUGCGCGCGCUGGGCCAGGAGUCCAACAUCCACUUCAUCGGGCCGGUGGGCACGGGCGCGGCGGUCAAGCUGGCGCUCAACCAGCUCAUUGCAUCGCUCACGGUUGGCUUCUCCACCAGCCUGGGCCUGGUGCAGCGCAGUGGCGCUGACGUGGACAAGUUCAUGAGCAUCCUGCGCGCCUCCGCACUGUACGCACCCACCUACGACAAGAAGCUGCAAAAGAUGCUGGACCGGGACUACGGCGCCGCAAACUUCCCCACAAAGCACCUUUUGAAGGACGUGCGUCUGUUUGAGACGGAGGCUGCGGCUGCGGGUCUGGACACGCGCCUGCUGGCGGCGCUGAAGGGCGUGGUGCAGGACACUGUGGACCGCGGCCUGGCCAACACCGACUACUCGGCGGUGUUCGACGCAGUGGCGCACCCGGGAGAGCAGCAGCAGGCGACCAAGCCGCAGCAGUAAAGGAGAAGGCUAGGUGUGCUGCAGGCUGCAGGAGCUCAGCAGGAGGUGCACAAGCAGGGCGCAGGGCGCAUAACACGAAUGGAUUGAGCGACACGGGAUUGCAUUGUGUGUUUGUGGACAUGUGUGGAGGGUUGCGUACACAAGGCUGGGGGCUUGGAGGGUUCGGCGAGGAGCUUGAGUCAUGCGCAGGGCUCCGGACAGCCUUAGCCAGUGGGCCCACUAAUCCUGCUCAUAGCAGUUGCAGGAUGGCGUGAAGACUGCUUCGUCACGCGCGCCCAUGCGUGCAUGAGAACUGGCUGAUGGGCUUGUGUGGUUUGCUGGUCCAACCAGACGGCUAAGGAAGAGGAAUAUUUCAAAGGGUGGCCAAAGGAUGUGAGUCCUUCGGUGCGGAAACCAAGUUGUUUUACACUUGUCGGUAACUAAUACAAACA